UCUCUAAAACCAAAUUUUGACUCAUAAAAAUCAAACUUAUCAUUUUUAUUUAUUUAUUUAUUUUGAAAUUAUUCUCUUUUUUAAUUUUUUUUUUCUAAGAAAAGAAAUUAGAUGAGUUGAUCCACCAAUGGGAGAGCUCCAUUAGAACCCAAAAGGAAAGAGAAAAACAAAACAUUUUUAACAAAAAAAAAAAAAAACCUAGUUUCUCUUUCUUUUUCUUUUCAGAGCAAAAAAUAACAAAGCUGAAGCUUCAAUAAUCAAAACCCAGAUUUCAAAAACCCCCAAAGUUUGAUUCUUUGAUCCAAAAAUUCAAAAAAAAAGGGGGAAGAAAAAAAGGAAAAAACCCAUGUUUUUGGUUGGGGGUUAAAAAUCCAAUGCAGCGGAGGUCUUUGUUAGAAAGACCAAUACAAAAGGGGAGAGUUUUGAAGGAAACCCAGUUAAAAAAAUCAAAGUCUGAAUCAGGAAACGAAGAGAAAAGGGUUGGAUCUGAUGGUGGUGGGGGUAGGAUUGUGUGUGGAGAGGAGCAGAGAGAGAUAUUGGGGAGAAGCAACAGCUGGUUUUCAUCAUAAUAAGAAAGGUGGUGUCUUUUUGGAGAGAGGGGAGAAGAAUUGUUCAGGUGUGGUGGGGCUGCAUAGAGAAGGAUGCAGCUUCAUUUCUCGCCUAGCAUGAGAAGUAUAACGAUAUCAAGCAACAAUGGGUUUAUUGACUUGAUGAAGAUCAAGGUGGCAGCUAGGCAUAUUUCAUAUAGGACCCUUUUCCAUACCAUUCUCAUCCUCGCUUUCUUGUUGCCUUUUGUCUUCAUUCUUACUGCUCUUGUUACCCUCGAAGGUGUCAACAAGUGCUCCUCAUUUGAUUGUUUAGGUAGGCGGUUCGGACCCAGGUUUCUUGGGAGAGUUGAUGAUUCAGGACAGAGACUAGUUAAGGAUUUUUAUAAGAUCCUCAAUCAAGUAAACACUGAGGAAAUCCCUGAUGGUCUAAAGCUUCCAGAUUCAUUUAGUCAACUUGUUUCUGAAAUGAAGAACAACCAGUAUGAUGCAAAGACCUUUGCAUUCAUAUUAAGAGCAAUGAUGGAGAAACUUGAAAAAGAAAUUAGGGAGUCUAAAUUUGCAGAGCUGAUGAACAAACACUUUGCCGCAAGUUCCAUUCCAAAAGGCAUCCACUGUCUUUCUCUGCGUUUAACUGAUGAAUACUCUUCCAAUGCUCAUGCUCGCAGACAGCUGCCUUCUCCCGAGCUCCUCCCUGUGCUUUCUAACAACUCUUACUACCACUUUGUCCUGCCAACGGACAACAUAUUGGCUGCAUCAGUAGUUGUUACCUCUACUGUCCAGUCAUCACUAGAACCUGAAAAGAUUGUCUUCCAUAUCAUCACAGAUAAGAAAACUUACGCGGGUAUGCACUCCUGGUUUGCGCUAAACCCCGUUUCCCCUGCCAUAGUUGAAGUGAAAGGUGUUCACCAGUUUGAUUGGUUAACUAGAGAGAAUGUUCCUGUGCUUGAAGCUGUGGAGAACCAUAAUGGCAUCAGAAAUUACUAUCAUGGCAAUCAUGUAGCAGGGGCAAAUCUCUCUGAUACUACUCCUAGAACAUUUGCUUCAAAAUUGCAGUCUAGAAGUCCAAAGUACAUUUCCUUACUCAACCAUCUUCGGAUUUAUUUACCAGAGCUCUUUCCAAACCUUGACAAAGUGGUCUUUUUAGACGACGAUAUUGUAAUUCAGCGUGAUUUAUCUCCCCUUUGGGAGAUUGAUUUACGGGGAAAGGUUAAUGGAGCUGUAGAAACUUGUAAAGGUGAAGAUGAGUGGGUGAUGUCCAAACAUUUCAAAAACUACUUCAAUUUUUCCCAUCCCCUUAUAGCUAAGCAUUUGGAUCCUGAUGAAUGUGCAUGGGCUUAUGGGAUGAAUAUAUUUGAUCUCCGUGCAUGGAGAAACACAAAUAUAAGAGAAACAUAUCAUUCCUGGCUGAAAGAGAACCUGAAGUCAAACCUGACAAUGUGGAAGCUUGGAACUCUACCACCUGCUUUGAUUGCAUUUAAAGGCCAUGUUCAUCCAAUUGACCCAUCAUGGCAUAUGCUUGGCUUGGGCUAUCAGAGUAAGACCAACAUUGAGAAUGUGAAAAAAGCUGCAGUUAUUCAUUACAAUGGCCAGUCAAAACCAUGGCUGCAGAUUGGCUUCGAGCAUCUUCGGCCAUUUUGGACCAAGUAUGUAAACUACUCAAAUGAUUUUGUUAGGAACUGCCACAUUUUGGAAUCGUAGUUAAGCAGCUAGAGGAGUUAGAAAAAAAGAUAGACUUGGAAGAGACACCAGCAAGUCGAGUGUCAUGUUUUAUUGCGACCUAAAAAUUUUCUUGAAUCUAUUUGAGAAGGUGAGAUGAAAGUUAGCCAAGAGAGCAACAAUUUUGAGGACUGGAUUUACUGUCAUCUCUCAAAACAUUUUGCACAAAGGACCUGCAUGACUAGCACAGACAUGAAAUUCAUUCUUUCAGUUUGUAACAUAGCAAUCAAUGUUUAUUUUUUCGGGUCGGAAAAGGAUACUCGUAUUGAUCUUCCUGCAAGGGUUCUUGUCUUAAGUGCAUAGGUUGGAAUAAGGUGCAAAAUACACAAAGAGUAGAAGUGCUCCCAAUUGAUGUCAUUGGAUUCAUUGGUGUAGGAAGAGAAUGGCUUGGGAAGGUCAUUUGGUGAGGCUCCCACAUCAGCCCAGAGUGUUUUUUUCUCUUAUAUUUAAAAAAAAAAAUUUUUUAUUGGUUUCAUUUUUGUUAGUUCAUUCCCCCAUUUUUCGCCCCUUGAUUUUAAAUAUCUUGUUGAAUUUUAGGACUAGAUCAUGGAGAUUGCUUUGUUACAGCUCCCAUGAAUUAGGGACCUGUUCUUAGGUUAUAUAUUGGUAUUUGUUAUGUACACUUCACGAGAAGCAUUUAAAAAUAUGCAGAAAAAUUCUUUUCCAAUUUUUCCAUCACAUUUUUUAGUUACUCUGUCUAUCGAAGCAUACAUUCAUCUUCUUUUCCUUUUUCCUAAACCCAUGUCCCAUCCCAUCUAGAAACAUAACCGAGUCCAG